CACUAAUUAACCCCAAUUUGUUGGGAUUAUUAUGGGAUGCGCUGGUUCUGAGCGGGGCUGUGGGAUCGUCUCUGUGUGGGAGUGGUCUCCUGCAGGUCACAUGGUCCGGGCCUUUGUUGAUGUGAUCCGGGGGAGAAAGAACAGGAGCACGGAGAGAAAAGAAAGAAAAGUACCGGUCCGACUCCGACCCACCGAGCCUUUCCGCCCAGCCUCCCCGGCGCUCAGACGCUCCUGCUCGGCCUGGAUGCUGCAGCUGCGGCCCCUCCGGAGCUCCACCUGGAUCGGUCGUUCCGCGGCGCCCCGCGGUCGGUUCUUCUCCCCGCCGGUUUGAGCGCUUGGCAGCGGGGGCUGGGGGAUGGAGGCUGUGUCCGGGCUGUGAGGUGUGGGGGUCGGUGUGUGCAGCCCCCCAGGCCCUCUGCUGCUUUGUUAUCCCUGGCUGCGCUGUAAACCUCCUCCCGGCUUUCUGCUCGGCUUUUCCAGCCUAUUUCUUCUGGAAGUGUUUCUCCUGGAAGCCCAGAGGAAUUUCAGGAGGACGCAUGGACACAAAGAGGAUUUAAGGAUUUUAUUUUGUGGCUGAUCUCUUUCUCUCUCAUUCCGGAUCAGUUUAGAAGAAGAAGGAACCAGAAAAACCCGGAUUCCUUCAUUUCACCCAUUUUCCCCUCAAACCUUCAUUCAGCUGCAUCUCUCCAUUCCCCCCCGCCCCCUCCGCUCCUCUCUGUCCGUCCAUCAUGGCUCCUCUGCGCCGGGUCUCCUGGUUCUGCUGCCUGCUGGUUCUGCUGGGUCUCCCCGCAGCCCGGAGCUCGUUUCCCCGCAGCGGAGGCGGCGGCAGCGCGGACUGCGGCCCCGGGAAGGCCGCGGAGUGUCCAGAUUUGUCGGACAAGAAGAGCGAUCUGCGCGUGUGCGACGCCGGAACGUGUCGCUUCGGAGGAACCUGCCGCGAGAACGGAGCCGACAUCAAAUGUGUCUGUCAGUUCCACUGCAACAAGAAAUACGUUCCUGUCUGCGGCUCCAACGGAGACACGUACCAGAACGAGUGUUUCCUCCGCAGAGCCGCCUGCAAGAAGCAGCGAGCCAUCAGCAUUGUGUCGGAGGGAGCCUGUUACCAUGAUGGAGGUUCUGGUUCUGCAGAUGGAGACGAUGAAGGUUCUGGUCGAGGGAAAAAAGCCUCCAAAUGUAAAAACUGCAAGUUUGGAGCCGAAUGUGACGAAGACUCUGAGGACCUGCUCUGCAUGUGUAACAUCGUGUGCAACGGCCACAACGACAACCCCGUGUGCGGCAGCGACGGUCUGACCUACGACACGCCGUGCCACGUCCGCGAGGCGUCCUGCCUCAAACAGCUCAAGAUCGACAUCAAGCAUGUCGGCCGUUGCCAAGAUAAAAGCAGGAAAGACGACGGAUCGAAGGGGAAACCAGACAUCUACUCGGCGUCCAAACCCGAGGAGGGGAACGGCUUCCUGGACGGCGCUCUGCCCUGCGCUGAAGACGACGCUCAGACCUGCCAGCACGGCCACUGUGAGAUGAGACACAACCUGCCCACCUGCAGGUGUGACGCUGCGUACGGCGGCCCCCGGUGCGACCAGCUGCUGGACUUUAACAUCCUGUAUGUGGUGCCCAGCGGCCAGAAGCUGCACUACGUUCUCAUCGCCGCCAUCAUCGGAGCCGUCCAGAUCGCCGUCAUCGUUGCCGUGGUGAUGUGCUUCACCAGGCGGUGCAACAAGUCGAAACGCGGCCGCAGACAGAAGCAGCAUCUGGGCCACUUCCCGUCAGGAACGUCUUCUCGGAUGAUGUAGCCGCCGUCCGUUUUCCCUCCUCAUGUUUUUAUAAAUCCAGUCCGGUUUUCGUAUCACAGACAGACUGCAGUUUUAUAUCGACUUCCUGGUGCCUCUUUUAUUAUUUCCCCCUUUUUUAAAGUAUUUUAUUUCUGAUUUCUUAGAGGGGCCUUAUUUGUCCGACUUCCUUGAUGUUUUUGUGCGGAUCUGUUUGUCUGUCCAGCUGCUUUCUGAACUCUGUGGAUCCAACAGGAAGCAGAACUUUAUUUAUCUGAUUGUAUUGUUGCUGCAGCGCCACCAUCAGGCUGGCCUCACGCAGCCUGUUUUUGUUUUCACGCUGUGGGACGCAGCCUGACUGUCUUCCUGUUUGCUUUGGUUUUAAGAGUCUCGCUUCAUGUGGGAUAAAAUCUGAAAUAUUCUGGAUGAUUCAACAUUUUCACUCUUUGUUUUUCUGCAGCUGCAGUUUUCAGGUCGGAUAUGUAAAACUCCAACAUCUGAUUUUAUUACUAUGACAACAUCAUUUUGGUUUCAUUUUUAAAAUAGAAAAUUCAUCCUUCACCUGAUUGGAUGAUUCAUGUUCAAACUGACAGAUUUUAGUUUCUUUGACUGACAUUCAUGUUUUUAAUAUCCAAACUCAUAAAUCUGAAUGUUAUUUUAAAUGAUUUUGAUCUUUGAAAUCCAACUGAAAAUUAGAGAAUUAGAAGUUCAUACUUUAAAUUGUGCUUCCAUAAUGUUAAUUCAUUACUGCUAAACAAAAAAAUCUAAUUGAAGCAAAAAUUACUGAUGGAAAAAUUCAAACUGGUUGUAAUUUAAAAUAUUAGAAAAAAACAUUUUUCUGUGUUUUUCCUGCUAAUUAUAAUUUAGAGCCACUCAGAUUAAUAAUCCAGUGAUAUCUGACUUCCUGAUCUGUGUGUCUCUCCUCACGUCAAAUAAAAAACAACAACUUUUAUUUAAAGUAUGAUGACAUUUAAACUUUGUUCAGAUCUCCACACUGAAUUUGAUAAUCUCAGAAUAUGAUCAUCUGGAGUUAAAACAGUUUCAUUGUUGCAGAAACACCUGAAGCUUCGUUUCCUCUGAGCGAGUCGCUGCGUUUGGGUUUCCUGUUUAUCCGUUUCCUCUGGGGAACCGAUGAAAAUGUUCUGAAUAUUCUGGUAACCCGUCAGAACCUGCUGGACUCAGGAACAGAAACAAUCAGCAUCAGAUUAAUCUUCUAAAGAUUUUGUUCCCAUUUUGUUUAUUGACAUUAUUAUUACUGACAUUAUUAUUGUUUCUCUGCAAAGUAAAAUCAUGUUUUUGUUCCAUAUUUAUUUUUUUUCUUUCAAUUCAAAAUAAAAGCUCAGAUUUUUAUUUGUUGUCUAAAAUUACAGAUUUGUUAGUUUAAUUCUGUAAAUCACUUUUUAUCAGCCCAGCUGUUCCUGAGGUGUUUUAUUGCCUUCACCCUGCAGGGGGCGCUGUGUACCUGGACUCCAGGGUGAUCGGGGCCAAUGGCGCCCUCUGCUGUUUGUUUUCUGUUUGGCUGCGUCUCACAGGGUCACAAACUGAAAAUGUAACAUUUAACUUUGUUUUUAUUCUGUAUUUGUUAUGAGAUGCACCUGAAAACCAAAAUGCUGUUUUUUCUACUGCUUGAGAAUUAAUGAGGUACAAGCUAACAUGUACAGGUUGUUAUUAUUAUUUUUAUUUUUAUUGAUGCUUAACUUUCAGAUGACGCCAUUCCAGAAAUGGAUGUGGAUGUUUUUGUGCCGAGGAUAAUUUAAAAUGCUUGUUUUUCAUAUAUAAUUUGUAACGAUGGUACGAAGUGUUUUAUUGUGGUAGGAAGAGUAGAUGGACCAGCUGACCGCUGGUUCCUGCAUGUUCGCUGACCGGAGGUCAGAGGUCUCUGGGACGUGGAUCCUGCAGGAACUGGGCCUGAUUUUACUGUAGAUGUUGGUCCUGCAUGAUGUUGGUACUUGUUGUUUAGACUGUUCUGUAGCUGAACUACAAUUAAAUUAUGAUGUUUCAA